CAUCUCCUCGCUCAGCUUCAGUCUUCUGUCGUCGUCCUCCCCAUCUCACAUCUGCAUCGCGCCGCCCCUCCUCCCAAUCCCGUCCGGCGCCGCCGCACCCCACACCCGCUGCUGCCCCCACUCCUCUAGUGCCAUCGUCCAGCCACUCCAGCGCCGCCUCCCUCCCCAUCGACCAGCGCCUCACUGCCCGUCCAGCGCCGCCACCACGCCUCCAACGCCAGUCUCCCACCCCACCGAGCGCCGAGCCCUCGCCAUCCAGCACCGCCCACCUCCCCAUGAAGCGCCGCCGAGAUUCCGGGAGAGACCCCCGCCGCGAUGCCGAGAAGGUGGCAGGUCUGGGGCCGGCCCGACAGUAGCCAAGUCUGGGUCCCCGCCCCCGCCCCCGACGCGCCGCCCCCGCCGCCGCCCGCCGCGGCCCCGCCUCUUCCUCCGCCGGGGCACGCCGCUUCAUUCGAGGACGCGCCGGUCAAAGACUUGACUGGCCCCUCUCCUGCGUCGUCGUUUCUCCGAUCCGAAACCCUAGGCCGGGGCGCUGCCGACGGAUGCCGCGUCGAGUCCAUCGCCGACCUCCUCGUCCAAGCUGAGGAACCUCCUGUGGGCUACUUCCAAGCAUGAUGUGUACGUGAUGCAGAACUAUUCUGUGAGGCACUGGUGGUCCUUACUCCGGAGAGGAAAAGAAGUGCUCAACGUGGCAUGCCCAAAUCAGGAUAUGCAGGGAGGUCGGCCCUUGUACAGGGUGAAGAUCAGCACCAUGACGGUGAAAGACAACCUCCUGGCGGCUGGUGGUUUCCAUGGGGAGCUGAUCUGCAAUGCAUCCCACCGCCGAUCCAUAUCCAGAUCAGCUGCGUCGUCGGUUCCGCACACAGGCCAAGGGAAAUGACUACCGUUCCAGGGUCUCCGGUCUGGGAGCUCGUGAAGAAGAACAACUACUUCUUGAUCAAGCAGUUCGGCAACAGCAACACCAAGGUGCAGUUCAGCAAGGAGCCCAACAACCUCUACAAUAUCCAGUCCUACAAGUUCUCGGGCUUGGCGAACAGCAAGACUGUGGCGGUCCAGCCAUCAGCGGGAGAGGACAAGGCUGUUGUCCUGUCCAUGACCAAGACCAAGAAGCAGAACACCCCUGCCAAGCUCCAGCACAAGACUCUGAUGCGCAAGGAGUUCCGCAAGAUGGCCAAGUCUGUCAAGAACCAGAUUUGUGGCAUGGCAUGCUUGAUUUUUUGGUGGACUUGUGUCCCUGAUGAUGCACCGUUGUUGCACUGCCAACCAUCAGAUGCAGUAGCUGCUCCUGCUUGCUACUCCGCUGCCGCCACUCGUUGUUUUGCUACUGCUCCUGCUAAUUAGGCACUGCUGCUGCUCCUAAGCACUGCUCGUAGAUGCUGCUACUUGCCGCUGUUGAUUCCUCCUACAGCCUGGCAUCUGCCAUUGUAACUUCAUGCUGAUGUAACAUGUGAAUCUGUUGGUCCUGCUUAUUGUCUUUAAAGAAGUCAAUGUACCUACCUUAUUUUGUGCUCUGUUAUUAUCUUUGAUCAGUAUCAGUUGUGUCUCUUAGAGAGACACUCCUACCUUUUCUGACUUGAGUUGUUAACUAUUGUUCCAUACUUCUGUUAGCUACAAUAAAAAAAUCUUUGAAUUUGGUAUUGCAUGAGUUUUUACUACUGCUUACACAGAGAGUAUUUGCUACUACUAAAACAGCGAUUUUGUAUGCACUGCUACCUGAUGAGUGCUUUCUUUGUAAUAUUUCACCUUGGCAUGCAUAUGUUUGUUCUGUUUGAACUUUGCAUGACAUGACAUAAUUAUUUCCAGUGUUUUUCUCAACUUAUUUUCAUUGACACUUGAUAUAUACUUAGCUUGUACUCCCUCCGUUCCGAGUUACUUGUCUUGGAUUUAUCUAGAUACAUCCGUAUCUAGAUUCAUUUUAGUGCUAGAUACAUCCGUAUCUAGACAAAUCUAAGACAAGUAAUUCAGAACGGAGGGAGUACUUGAAGCCGUGGGUUAAUGUGGUGAUUUUGUUCUACUUGGAUGCAUUGGUACCCCCAUAAUCGAGUGCAUGGAUGCAAUGGCAAGAAGAUCAUGGCUGUGCGCAUCAUCAAGCACACCACGGAGAUAAUCGACCUCCUCACCGAUGACUGUUGACUGUAGUGUGGUACACUUCCUGGAGCAUUGUAAUGCCUUACCAAGUAGCAAUUGCAUGAAGGUCCACAACACAAAAACUAUGUGUAAUGGAUCCAUGACUUACAAUCUGUACGCGAAUACCAUGUGUGAAGGUUUUCAAAUGUUGAAGGAGGACAAUAGGAACUUCUGUGAUGUAUUGUCAUCUAUUUUCUUUUCUUUGAUGUAGAAUAGUUUUGUUUGGCACUUACUGGUUCCUUGGACAUAAAGAUAUGUAUUGCUAGAAUGAAUGCAUGUAAAGAUAUUUUGGGCUCCUAUAAUAUUCCAUGUUGCUUUGAAAAUGUAUCGGAACUGGGCUAGGCCCAAGAUAACUUGUAGUGUGAUGUGUUGUAAUGUCAAUGGCAUAAUAAAAGAAGUUGGAUUGGAUCAA